AUAGAUCAAAAGAUGCAAUUUUAAAAGAGCUUCCACAGAUUUUCUUGAUGGACUGCACAUUUAAUGACUGCAACUCUCUUUUAGAAUCAAUGGGUCAGGAAGUACUUUACCCGGCACUGGUGUUAUUUCCAGCAGGGAAGAAGAAUGCUACGUUUUAUAAAGGGGAUAUGGCUGUAGCUAACAUAAUUAGGUUUCUAGCAGAUCAUGGAAGUAAUUCUCUUAUUACCGAAGGUAUUAUGUGGAAUGGAGCAGAAAAAAGAGGUGUGAGGUCAUAUCUGUUAAAAAAUGAAUCUCCAAUUAUAGUUAAUGAAAAUGAUCCUCUUGUGAAGAGAAAUUACCAUGAAAUUGUCUUUAACCACAGGACACCUGCUGAAACUUUAGAAGACAAUCAGAUUGGAACAUACAUAUCCAAGGACAUACCUCAUGUGCUUGUUGGCUCUGUCCUUACUGCCACUGAAAUGCUUCUCAGUGCUCCCCCAUUUGAUAAUUCUGUGGUUCUCAUUGUGAAGGCAGACCAGAUUACAGGUUUUCUAGGUUUGAUUAUCAACAAACACAUCAGCUGGGACACACUACAGGAACCAAAUGGGGGGUUAGAACUGCUAAAAGAGGCUCCUCUGUCCUUUGGAGGCCCAGUUUUAAAAAAAGGAAUGCCCCUAGUCAGCUUAUCUCGAAUGGUUAUUAAACCAGGGUAUCCUGAGGUUCUUCCAAGUUUAUACUUUCUUGAUCAGUUAGCCACAAUCAAAGCUGUUGAGGGGCUCAAUUCAGGGAACCAAACUGUUAAGGACUAUUGGUUCUUUUUUGGCUACUCGAGGCGGGAAUGGAAUCAACUCUUUUAUGAGAUUGCUGAAGGGGCUUGGCAUGUAAACAAUGAGCAUGGACAGUUGGAUUGGCCUGAAAGGUGAGAAUUAAAGAAAACUAUUGUACAUGGUAGUUUGUAUGGCAGAGUUUUGAAUUUCUGCGGCCUGGAACUGUAGGAGACUAAACCGAGGACUACUACAGCAAUGCCAAGGAUGUUAGGGCCGUUUAGCAUUGGGGUACCAUUCUGGGAUUUAUUUAUUUUUAACACCUUGAAACUCUAUAUUUAGUUGUGCUUUAGCUUCCUUUUUUUGUGGUGUUGGGGGGGGGGGGUGUUUCCAAAAUGAGCUUCUUUAUUUAUAUUAAUCAGCUUAUAGGAGAUUUGAUGAGAAAUUGCUGUAGUGGCUCAAUUAGUCAAGUUGUAUAUGCUUGUAUUUUCUUGGCCUUCCAAAAGGAAAUCUGGAUUUUGAUAAAAUUAAGCUCCAUGGUAAAUACGGCAACUUUUAUAGUUUA